GGUUUCGUAAACCUGUUCUCGAAACCAAAAAUCAAAACCAAGCCACUGCCCGCUGGCGGCGGAUACGCCCUUUCCUCAUCAACAGAACCGACAGGAGGGGCCCUGAGGGGGCCGGCAGUCCCCUUCCCUCCCUACUCAGGUGCGGCGCUGUGGCAGGAAGCAUCCCCUCGGUCGGCCGGUGCGCGGGGCUGUUGCGCCAUCCGCUCCAGCUUUCGCAACCGCACCCUGGGACGGCCUUUAGACGCUCAGCGCGAGUUCCUCAAAUGUUUUCCUGCGUUGCCUAGACCGUCCGCUGCUCUGAGUCAUGUGCGAGUGGGAAGUCGCACUGACACUGAGUCGGGCCAGAGGGAGCGGAGCCGAGCGCGGCGCGGGGCCGAGGGACUCGCAGUGUGUGCAGAGCGCGGGGCUCCCGGGGUGCCUGAGCCCGCCUGCGCGCCCACCGCCCCGCCCCUGCCGCCCGGUUCCCACCAGCCCGCCCGCCUCUGCGGGACCAUGGAGCGGUAACCGAGGAGGAAGCAUGCUGGCCGUCGGCUGCGCGCUGUUGGCUGCCCUGUUGGCUGCCCUGCUGGCCGCGCCGGGGGCGGCGCUGGCCCCGGGGGGCUGUCCUGCUCUGGAGGUGGCGAGAGGCGUGCUGACCAGCCUGCCCGGCAACAGCGUGACCCUGACCUGCCCCGGGGGAGAGCUGGAAGACAAUGCCACUGUUGACUGGGUGCUCGGGAAGCCGGCUGCAGGCGGCCACCCCGGCAGAUGGGCUGGCGUGGGAAGGCGGCUGCUGCUGAGGUCGGUGCAGCUCCACGACUCUGGGAACUAUUCCUGCUACCGGGCCGGCCGCCCAGCUGGGACCGUGCACUUGCUGGUGGAUGUUCCUCCCGAGGAGCCCCAGCUCUCCUGCUUCCGGAAGAGCCCCCUCAGCAAUGUUAUUUGUGAGUGGGGUCCUCGGAGCACCCCAUCCCCGACCACCAAGGCUGUGCUGUUGGUGAGGAAGUUUGAUAACAGUCCGGCCAAAGACUUCCAGGAGCUGUGCCAGUAUUCCCAGGAGUCCCAGAAGUUCUCCUGCCAGCUGGCCGUCCCGGAGGGAGACAGCUCUUUCUACAUAGUGUCCCUGUGCGUCGCCAAUAGUGUCGGGAGCAAGCUCAGCAAAGCUCAAACCUUUCAGGGUUGUGGAAUCUUGCAGCCCGAUCCUCCUGCCAACAUCACAGUCACUGCUGUGGCCAGAAACCCCCGCUGGCUUAGUGUUACCUGGCAAGACCCCCACUCCUGGAACUCAUCUUUCUACAGACUGCGGUUUGAGCUCAGAUAUCGGGCUGAACGAUCAAAGACAUUCACAACAUGGAUGGUCAGGGACCUCCAGCAUCACUGUGUCAUCCACGACGCCUGGAGCGGCCUGAGGCACGUGGUGCAGCUUCGCGCCCAGGAGGAGUUCGGGCAAGGCAAGUGGAGCGAGUGGAGCCCAGAGGCCAUGGGCACACCUUGGACAGAAUCCAGGAGUCCUCCAGCUGAGAAGGAGGUGUCCACCCCCACGCAGGCACCUACGACUAAUAAAGACGACAAUAAUACUCUCCCCAGAGAUUCUGCAAAUGCGACAAGCCUCCCAGUGCAAGAUUCUUCUUCGGUACCGCUGCCCACAUUCCUGGUGGCUGGAGGGAGCCUGGCCUUUGGAACGCUCCUCUGCAUUGCUGUUGGCCUGAGGUUCAAGAAGACGUGGAAGCGGCGGGCUCGGAAGGAAGGCAAGACCAGCAUGCACCCGCCGUACUCUUUGGGGCAGCUGGUCCCGGAGAGGCCCCGACCCACCCCAGUGCUUGUUCCUCUCAUCUCCCCGCCGGUGUCCCCCAGCAGCCUGGGGUCUGACAACACCUCAAGCCACAGCCGACCAGAUGCCAGGGACCCACGGAGCCCUUAUGACAUCAGCAACAGAGACUACUUCUUCCCCGGAUAGCUGGCCGGCUGGGGCCGGCAGGCUGGGUGUCAGGCACGUUGGACCCUGUGGAUGACGGAGUCCAAACGGGCUCAGCAAAAGAUGCUUGUCACCACCAUGCCAGCUUGUCUCAGGGCCGUGGGGCCUUUGGCUUCACUGUUAUAGAAGAGCCUUAUGGAGGUUCCUAUGCCGGGGAAAAUCAGUCUGCUGCAGCUGUUCAGAAGGAACAGGGGGUUCAGGCUUCAAACCUACCUUUCCAAAUGCCCCGCUUAAAGGCGUCACAGUGAACUUGGGCCACUGCGGAGAGAGCUGUGUCACGACUCUUUGGACACUCAUGUGGACACUCAAAGCUGGGCAGCGUGGUGAGGCCUCUGUGGAGCGUGGCUGACAGCCCACCCCCCACCACCUCUGCACAAGCUGCACCCUCAGGCAGGUGGGGUGAAUUUCCAGCCAAAGCCGCCUCCAGCUGCCAGGCUCCUGGCCGACAGCAGGGGUUUGUCUUCCAGCUCAAACUUCUAAAACCCAAGUGCCUUCGCAAAUUCUGUUCUUCUAGGCCUGGGGACGGCUUUUACUGAAGCCACCAAGGCUGGGGAAAGAAGCUGUCUCCCCCCUUUCUUGCCCACAGUCGAAAAACAGCUGAGGGUGGGUGGGUGAAUAAUACAGUAUCUCAGGGCCUGGUCGUUUUAAACGGGAUUAUAAUUAGUUCCUCGUUAGCA